CGAGAGAAUCACAAAACACGUCAACAAACAAAAAAAAAAAAGGAAAAGUUCAACAUUACAAGUUUAGUUUCUUUCAUUGACACAUUUUGAAAGUCCCUGUUUAAAUUCAAUUUACAAAUCAUCAUGUAUUCAAAGAAUGCGAUUGUGCGUCAAAUACGAAGGAAACCAGCAUAUGCGGUGAUUCCUGUGGCGGUGAUUGUCGUAUUAUACUUGUUCAUCUUUGGAGGACUCUUUGGAUCAGGAAAUAAUGGAGGAGUUUCUAGUCGUAAGGGGAACAAAUAUAGUUAUUCCAAGAAGGGUAGAGGAUGGUUUUCACUGAACAGAGACUCAGUGAUUCUCCGUAACUUGCCAAAGAAUCACAUUUCUCAUUAUGAUUUGAAUCAACUUACUACUUCACCUGAUGCUUUAAUUAAUAAAGAACAAAUUUUAAUUUUAACUCCAAUGUCUAAAUUUUUACCAAAAUAUUGGGAAAAUUUGAAUAAAUUGUCAUAUGAUCAUUCACUUAUUGAAUUAGGAUUUAUAAUUCCAAGAACUUUAGAAGGUGAUGAAACUUUACAAAGUUUAGAAUCAGCAAUUAAAAAAUCUUUAAAAGAUUCACCACAAAAUAAAUUUAAAAAAAUCACUAUAUUAAGACAAGAUCUGGAUUCAUUAAAAUCUCAAAAGGAAAAGGAUAGACAUGCACUUUCUGUACAAAAGGAACGUAGAUCAAUGAUGGCAUUGGCAAGGAAUUCACUUGUAUUCACCACUUUACUGCCAUAUACUUCAUGGUGUCUUUGGCUUGAUGCUGAUAUUGUAGAAACUAAACCAACUUUACUUCAAGAUUUGAUUGCUCAUGAUAAGCCAAUUAUAUCAGCAAAUGUAUAUCAAAGAUAUAUUGAUGAAUCUACCAAAAAGGAAUCAAUUAGACCAUAUGAUUUUAAUAAUUGGGUAGAAAGUGAAGAAGGUUUAGCAUUAGCUAAAACUUUGAAAGAUGAUGAAAUCAUUGUUGAAGGAUAUGCUGAAAUGGCCACCUAUAGACCAUUAAUGGCUCAUUUUUAUGAUUCUAACGCUGAUGAACAUACUGAAAUGGCUCUUGAUGGAGUUGGUGGUGGUGCUGUUCUUGUUAAGGCUGAUGUUCAUAGAGAUGGUGCCAUGUUCCCAUCUUUCCCAUUUUAUCAUUUGAUUGAAACUGAAGGAUUUGCUAAAAUGGCUAAAAGACUUGGAUAUGAAGUUUUCGGAUUACCAAAUUAUUUGGUUUAUCAUUACAAUGAAUAAAUACUUAGUGAAUAUAUUUAUUUAUGA